UCGGGAGAUCGUGGCAGCAACCGGAAGGCUGCCUCGCGCGAACGCGAAAAAGCCACGCGACCACGUGGAUUUCCGUCCCGGUUCGGGGCUCUUCGGUGGCAUUUCCACCCACGUUCUCCGCCGGCGGCACGAGCAGAGAAUCGGGCCGGCGAGCACGGCCGCACCGCCACGGCGCCAAGCAACGCCCCGCCCGUCGUUCGGUGCGCCCCUACCCAACGCAAGCACCGGCCCUGGCGCCCUGCCCAACCCACCGACGCGGCAAGUGAAAUGCGCGAUUGCGGCUGCGCCGGUGCUGCACUAUGACAGUGUGACUCCGUGAGUGCCCACUCCAUUCCCCUUCUUCUCUUAUGGUGCUCCGCCGCGCGCCGCGCCACCACUAGCGCCCUGCUCGUUCCCCGUCCGUCCAUGGCCGCGGCGUCGUUCGCCCGCCCCUUAUCCCUCGUCCUCUUCCUUCUCCUGGCCGGCGCCGCGCGGGGCAAGACGGUGAAGAGAGACGUGAAAGCGUUGAAUGAGAUCAAGUCUUCACUAGGCUGGAGAGUUGUAUACUCAUGGGUCGGCGAUGACCCUUGUGGGCAUGGUGAUCUACCCCCCUGGUCUGGUGUGACAUGUUCUCAGCAGGGGGAUUAUAGAGUUGUGACAGAACUGGAAGUCUAUGCUGUAUCUAUAAUUGGUCCUUUCCCUACAGCAGUAACAAACCUGUUGGAUCUAAAAAAAUUGGAUCUCCACAAUAACAAGUUGACGGGGCCAAUUCCUCAACAGAUUGGACGGUUGAAACAUCUCAGGAUAUUGAACCUGAGGUGGAAUAAGCUUCAAGAUGUGCUUCCGCCCGAAAUUGGUGAACUAAAAAAACUGACACACUUGUACUUGAGCUUCAAUAACUUCAAAGGUGAAAUUCCGGUGGAGCUUGCAAACCUACCAGAACUGCGUUAUCUUUAUCUUCAUGAGAACCACUUUACUGGGCGGAUCCCCCCUGAACUUGGAACUCUGAAGAACCUACGUCACCUUGACUUUGGUAACAACCACUUGGGAGGCACUCUCAGGGAUAUUGUUGGCAAUGGGAAUGGCUUCCCCUCCUUGAGGAAUCUGUACCUUAACAAUAAUGAAUUGACUGGUGUGCUGCCAGAUCAGACUGCAAAUUUGACAAACCUUGAGAUCUUGCACUUGUCCAAUAAUAGGCUGAUUGGAUCAAUAUCGCCAAAGCUAGUUCACAUUCCAAGAUUGACCUAUUUGUACUUGGACAAUAACAACUUCAUUGGGAGGAUACCUGAAGGGUUAUACAAGCAUCCAUUUUUGAAGGAGCUGUACAUUGAAGGAAACCACUUUAGACCAGGAACCAAACCAAAAGGAACGCACAAGGUGUUUGAACUGCCAGAUGCUGACCUUUUAGUUUAGCCAAGCUCGUUUGUGGGCUUGUUAUUUAUUCUGCAGUGUACUACGACAUAGGUCACGAUUCACCAUCUCAUCAUGCAGUAGCAAAAUGCCAUGUUUUUAGGGGCAUAUAUGUAACUAUGUUUCUCACUGCAUUGUUCAAUGACAAAUUUACAUAUGCAAAAUGCCUCUUGCAAAAAAAGGGAAGAAAAAUAAUUCAGUGAAUGGUAAAGUGUCAUACUGUCA